GCACAACAUGAAACCGACACGAAACAAGUGCGGGGAGCGGGCGCGGGGCGCUGCCUGCUCCUGCCCGCCGCUGCCUGCUGCUGCCGGCAGGGCCGUGACGUCACCCCGCUCCUCGCCCACCGAUGAACGCUAAAGACCUAUAGAGCAGAAAAUAAUACAAGCAAGCUCCGUAUCUUGCAAGCCCUACGUGAUUUUCCCCCCCUCUUUGAAAAAGCCCCUUUGCACUUAAACUCUCUAUACAUGUGGGGUGGCUUUUUAAACUCCCUCUAUACAAACAUAUUUAUUAAGAGCGAUGGGAAGUGGGGGGUAGCCUAUUUUUUUAAUCCAGGCACCAGCCCUCCCCCCCCCCCCCCCCGCCUCAGAUGUCUGGCUGCUUUUCUUAAGUGCAAUCAUCUAUAAUUGAGAAAAAAAAAAAAAAAAAGCCAUACGUGGAAAUGUGUGUAUGAGAAGGUGCAUCUUGAAGCAGGGUUUAGUUACAAUCGAUCUUGGGGGGAAAAUAUUGCCUAUGGUCCAAAAAUAAGGAGCAACUAUGUCCUUCUCUCAGUUCGGAUACCCCUACAGCACCACUUCACAGUUCUUCGUGCCCGCCAGCCCCAGCACGACCUGCUGCGAGGCCGCCCCCCGCUCCGGGCCGGAUGCCUCCUCGGCGCCGGCCGCCGCCUCGCUGUGCUGCGCCCCGUACGAGAGCCGGCUGCUGGCGCCCGGCCGCGCCGAGCUCAAUGCGGCGCUGGGCAUGUACAGCGCCCCGUACGCCGCCGGCCAGGGCUACGGCAACUACCUGCCCUACGGCGCCGAGCCCGCCGCGCUCUACACCGCGCUGAACCCCCAGUAUGAAAUCAAAGACGGCGCCGGCACGUUGCACUCGGGGAUCGCGCAGCCCGCUACCUACUACUCCUACGAUCAUUCCUUGGGGCAGUACCAGUACGACAGGUACGGGACGGUGGAUUUCGGUGGUUCGGCCAGACGCAAAAAUGCAACGCGAGAGACGACGAGUACCCUCAAGACCUGGCUGUACGAGCACCGCAAAAACCCCUACCCCACCAAAGGAGAGAAAAUCAUGCUGGCUAUCAUCACUAAAAUGACCCUGACUCAAGUGUCCACUUGGUUUGCUAACGCCAGAAGGAGGCUUAAGAAAGAAAACAAAAUGACCUGGUCUCCCAAGAACAAAGCGGGGGAAGAGAGGAAAGAAGAAGCCCCGAGGGAAGAGGAUGAAUACAGUGCGGAGGGUGAAGGCAGAGAGCAGAAGAGCUACAAGGAGGACAAGGACCUGCGGUUCAGCGACCUGGAGGAGGAGGAAGAGGAGGAGGAGGAGGCGGGGAAGCCGGAGAAGGGCCGGACCAGCUCCCUGCAGGAAGCCCCCAGCCUGGGCGCGGCGCUGCCCGAGGCUCCGCGGAGCGACUGCAGCCUGCCCGGCCCCUUCCACGCCUUUCCUUGUGCCAAGGCCCCCGGCGCGGACUUCGCCCCCGCCUCCUCGGCCGGCCCGCCGCCGCCCUACGCGCCCGCGGAGAAGCCGCGCAUCUGGUCGCUGGCGCGCACGGCCGGGGCCAGCGCGGCGCGCAGGGGCAGCCCCGAGGGCGGCGGCGCCCAGGGGGAGCACCCCCUGCCCGCCAAGGCCUUCCGGAGCUCCGCGUUCAACCCGCAGCCGCUCCCGCGGAUCUGCGCGUCGCACCGCGGCCUGGGGGAGCCGUGCCAGUUCGCGGCGGCGGGCGAAGGCUUCGGGCGGGACGCCAAGGGCGGCCCGGGAGGCGCCGAGCUGGGUGGGAGCUGCCUCGACAGGCUGCGGACGGCGUUCCGGCCCGUGCUGCGGAGGGCCGCCCGCCCCUUCCUGGGCGCUGGCGACGGGGCUCCGGCUGUAACGAGGCACUCGGCUUGACACAACCACAGCAAGCUCUCCCCGGGCCGGCGGCGGCCUCGCGGCUCGCCUGCCCUGCCCUCGCCGGGGAAGGCACAACGUGCUGCGCACAUGGGGCCGGGCGGAGCGGCCGCAGGACCGGCGCCUCCCCGCCCUCGCCUGCCGUGUGUUCAGCAUUGCCCAUUGACGCCUUUGCAAAAAGGAAGAAAACCCCCCACCUAAUCUUUUCUCCCCACGUCGUGGUUUGUUUCUCCUUUUCCUCCCACACCCGCGCUCUCUGCUCUGCCAAGGGCACCAAUUUGCGGUUGCUCCGCGCCAUCCCGGGGAGGAGAAGGAGGAGAAGCGGCGCAGGUUACGCCGGACUGUUUCUUUCCCGUCUCUGUACAUAGAUACGGCUGAAAGUAUUUUUCAGAGUCUCUAAUUAACACGGAUGAGCCGAACUCCACGAAGCCGUCAGUGAGCUCGGAGCUGUGCAGCCGGAGCCGGCGCAGCCCGGGAGGAACGGGGCACGGCCGGGGCACCCCCGGGCAGCGGGUGGCGACCGGGCGGCGAAGUAGGACGUUGUUAGUGGGUCACCGCCGUCAGUCAGUCAAAAGAGCAGUGCUGCACUUUACAGGACAGACGAGAAAGGGAAACCGUAUCUCUGCAUUAUUUCUGUUUAAUUAAAAGUGUCAUCAAACACUUUGUGUUCAGACUAAUAAACCAAGCAGGGAUGAGGAAAGAAUGUUUCUUUGUUCCUGUCUCUAGAAGCAGUGGCAAUAAUUUAAAUUAAUAACUGUGGUAAUUAAGAGGUCAUCUAUAGAUCAACCCGAUACCUGCUAUUUCCAAGUUCACCGAGGUCAGCAUUUACAUUAAGUCAUUUGUGGUCAAUAGAGUCCAAUGAAUUCUGCCUUAAUAAAUCAGGGAAAUCAAUCUUGAA